AGUUCUUCUUAGUGGUGCAAAGUUAUCGAUGUGAGCUUAUAUCGAUAUUUUCGAUAUAUCGAAGAUUUUACAUCGAUUACAUCGAUGUAUAUCGAAAUUCAAAAGUGACGUUUUUUUAGAGAGAAAAUUUGGGAAAAUUGGCCAUGUUUUACAGAUGAAACAACGUAAUUUGUGAAGUACUAGCAAAACUGCAUUUUUUUUGCUGUUUUCAUGAGUCAAGUACACUUUUUCAACAAAUCAUUCUAGUUUUUAUGAAGUUGAAUCCAAAUUGCAGUUCAAAAAACCUGUUUUUUAACAAAUUUUUGCAACUUUGAUGCACAUCGAUGAUCGGAAUGUCACAUCGAUGCACAUCGAUAUCUUCUUAAAUCGAUGUACAUCGAUGUAUAUCGAUAACUUUGCACCACUAGUUCUUCUGUUGCGAAAUCGCAAACUCGCGUAAUUAUUUAUUUGAAAUUAUUUUUGAAAAAUGAUAUUUGUGCGGAAUCCGUUUAUUUGAUGUGCAAUUUGGUGUCGCCGAGUGUUAGUUUUCGAUAAUAUUCGAUCGUGCGAGCGUAAUUUUCAAGUGUUGGCCGUGUCGAAGAAAAUUGUUAUGUGUUACUCGGUGCUGGUGCUGGUGCUGGUGCUGGACUGAUAUAACGUAUCAGUAGAUAUCAGUCGAACGCUGUUCUCGAUUUUAAUGUUUAAUAAGUUUAAUAUUUUGCAUUUUCUCUAAACAGCCCUUCUAGUCGAAUAUAAUCGCGUGCGAUUUGGAUGGUAAUUUUGUCCAGUGCAUUUCAUUCGGUCCGAGCGUUGCUGCAAUCGCGAGAAUAUCGCGCGUUUUCGUAAAACUGGGCUUCAUUUUUAAUGGCGUGUGUUUUGUGGUGACUGGUGAUCAAUGAUGAAACAAUUUGUCACUGGAGUUGGCGUAGCCGUACGGUCUGUGGCGAUGGAUACCAACAAUUUCCGUACAAUCCUGUGAAUCCAUCUUCAGGUGUAUAGCGCUUGAAGCAUGGCUGAUGAUGAAGCGGAAAGCGAACCGGCUUCCAAAGACGAAGGGAUGUUGUCGUUAUCUGCCGCAACGAGUACCACCAGUGCGGCGGCGGCGGCCGCUGCUGCUGUCGCAAUCGCAUCGCCGUCAACUUGUCUGGGUAAAAGGAACGCCAACGCCAACGCCAGCGUCAGCGUCAGCGCCAACGAAGCGGAUUGCGAAGAUAGCACAGUGUCUGGCGUAAGAUCGAUUGUUAUCGAACGUUCGGAAUAUGGAUUUGGCUUCACACUACGACACUUCAUCGUUUACCCGCCAGAAUCAAGCGCUAUACUGGCCCGAGACAGACAUUUGGGAUUUAGAAGACCAACGAUGCCGAACGAACCAAUCGACACGAUAUUUGUAAAAAACGUUCGCGAGAAUGGUCCGGCGCACAUGGCUGGCUUAGCAACCGGUGAUCGCAUCGUCAGCGUUAAUGGUCAAGAUAUCGGCGGUUUAUCGUAUUUGAGGGUAGUCAAUCUAAUAUUCAGAACCAAAGGUUGUUUACGCUUAGCGGUUCUUCCCCAACAAAACGACGCCUUACAAUUGUACUUCGGCGAAGCUGCUCAUCAUCCGGAAAGCAAUCAAAAACCUCGCGCGCACCUCGCAGACGUCGCAUCCGGUUACGAUCACUGUGCGACUAGUAUGAUAUCGUCGAAUACGCGUCAUUAUUCGCGUAACGAUUCGAAUUCGCUGUACCAGCAACCGGUGGCGACGACCGCCACGUCUAGUACGAGUAGAUUCGACGACGUACCGUGCGAAAGACAAAACGUGGCCACUUGGGCGUGUUCGCCACCGCCGCCGCCGCAGCAGCAGCAGCAGCCGCCCCCGAAAUCGACGGCGUUAACGCUGCGGCCUACGCCAUCUUAUUCGUCGGUCUCUCAGACCGCCGCCAGUGACGCAUCCAGCUGCUGCAGUUGCGAAAGCGUCAACGGCGUCUACCCGCCGCCGCCGCCGCCGCCGUCGCAGAUGCUGCCAGCGGUGUCGACAGCGACGUCGCCGGCGUUCAAUUUAAAUUGCACUUACAGCGUAGACGUCGAGUUCGAUCGUAACAAUUACGAUUCCAUGUCCGAUUCGUCUCUAAAGGAUUAUCUGACUUGCGACGAUUCGGUCGUCAUGAAUAGGCUACGUAAGAGCUUGGAACAGAAGCAAGAAUUUUUAAACCGGUUACCAUGUUCGACGUCGGCGGCGGCGGCGGCGGCGUCCGAAACCACUCCGAUCGCCUCGAGACCGAGUAUCGGCGAUGCGAACGCGUCACCUCCGCCAUCUUCGCCGCCGCCGCCGCCGUUAUCGUUGUCGCCGAGUAGCGGCGCCGGCGUUGCAGCUGCUGCGGUAACGCCUCCUUUUCAAAUUGUAUCCAUUCGAGCCAAGCAGUUCGAGAAAGGCGCCGCCGUCAGCGAUAAAACGGAGCUUUUUCGCAGCGAAUUGGCCAGACUAUCGGUCAAGAAGAACGCGGUCACCGUGGCCACGAGAAAAAGAGAUUUAGAAAAUCGGGUCCAGCUCGAUAAACAAGCCGCUUCGUCGCGCGCACCCAACACCGCCACCGCCGCCGCCGCCGGCUCCGGCGCCGCCAAAGAAUCCAGAGUUGUGGACAAUGACCGAGUCGCCGCUCAAAUUCGCGGUACCAGUUCCGGUAAUCAAACCAUUCCAGUCGGAAGUAACAAACUGCAUUGCGAACCGCCUUCCGAAUUUCGUUCUUUUUGUCCGGCGGCAAAAAUUGAAGAUGACGAAAAGGCGACUAGAAGAAUUUCAUAUCUCAAAGCUACCACCGCCUAUUCGAUGAAUGUAGAUAGCGAAAAUGAUCUCGACGACAACGAACCGGUCGCACCGGUCGUCCCGCAACGCAGGGUGACUAGAAAAUGGCGGCGUGCGCCUUUGUUUCCAGGUGAUAUUCAAAGACUGAGAAGAUUUUUCGAAGAUUUAGCCACCACAGGUGGCGAGAGAGGCGUUCUGGGGUCGCGAAAAAUCGCAGAAGCUUUCCCUCCAGAUCAAGAAGAAUCGCCCGUUAUCAAAGAAGGAAGUGUGUUUUGUAAAGUUAUUCACGUCGAAGGCAAAAAGGCUAGUGAUCGAUCGUGGAAACCGAUCUGGUUGAUUUUGAAGGGAUGCGGUCUUUAUUUGCUGAAAGAAAAGAAAGAGUCGCUGUUAACUGAGACUCCGGCAACGUUUGACAAGUCAGAUCUCGGAGCGUCGUGCGAUCGUUUAGAUCUACGAUGCUCGGUAGUCGAAGUGGCCAACGAUUAUACGAAACGCAAACACGUGUUCCGUUUGAAUGCGCCUUCAGUCGGUACCGAAUUACUUCUGCAAGCUCAAGACGCCAAUUGCAUGAGCGAAUGGGUGAGAGUAUUGAAAGAACAAGCCGUCGUACCCGUCACGUCUAUCGAACCGGUGUCGACCAAUUUCGGAACGAGCGUGUCACCGAGCGCGUGCAAUAAAACAUUACGUAAAUUGGCAUCGCUCAGAACCAGAUCGCCGUCCGCAGAUGUGCCGUCGAAUAAAGCAAAAAAACCAGCCCUCAAUGAUUACCAACAAACUUCGCCGAAAACUAAAACGUGGAAAAACAAGAUGGCGAAACAGUUUCGUAAAAUACAGCCCGGUGGCAAUUCGCCGGUUUCUUCGGCAGCUAUUUCUUAUCCGCCCGGUGCAACAAUCGGCAUUCCACUCCAAGUUUGUCCUAGCUCCACCUUUUCCGAGCAUGUUCCUUUAAUCGUGCAAGUUUGCACGAGUAUUGUAGAAGCCAAAGGAUUAGAAAUUAUCGGAAUAUACAGGGUGCCUGGUAACACGGCAGCUGUCACGUCACUUACGGAAGCGGUGAAUCGCGGAUUAGAAAUGACGGCCCUGGAUCAAGACCCUCGUUGGUCGGACGUCAACGUUAUCUCUAGCUUAUUGAAAUCGUUUUUCCGCAAGUUACCCGAUGCUCUGUUGACCUCGGAAUUGUAUCCGAGUUUCAUCAAAUCGGACGCCAUCGAAGAUCCCAUUCAACGUAUGAUCACCAUUAGAAAACUGGUUCACGAUUUGCCCGAUCAUAAUUUCGAAACGUUGAAAUAUCUGCUGUUUCAUUUGAAAAAAGUAGUCGCCAAUUCGACCGUCAACAAAAUGGAGGCCCGCAAUCUGGCUAUCGUUUUUGGGCCGACGUUGAUUCGUAGCGGAGACGAUAUGUUCACCAUGGUCACCGAUAUGAGUCAUCAAUGUAGAAUCGUCGAAUCGUUGCUGUCUCACGUUGAUUGGUGUUUCGGCGACGGCGAUAUCGAUGAUUUGAAAACCAACGUUCCGGAAACCAAUUCCAUGCCAGAGUUGGAAGCGAGCAGCGCGAAUCAUACGUUACUGCUGGGCAACAUACGUAAAGUAGAAGAGUGUCUGCAGUCUCCGACGACGGCCAAAGAUUUCGUAUCCACCAUCAUCGGCGCGGCGAAUAGAAAAAUGCACAAAACGUCGAAGCAUUUGACCGGCGGCGGCAGUGGUGGUGGCGGUGGUGGUAGCAGCAGAAAGUCGGCCGCAGCCGCAGCAGCCGCCGCUGCCGCCGCUUACACUGGAUACGCGAUUAGCAGCGGCUCCGAAGAUGCUCUGGACUCGGUGGUCGCCGUUCCGAGUAUUCCGGUCGUGCCGAAAAAUGCCGCAAAAAGGCAAAACGUCGCUGGCCAGUCUAAAACGGACCACGUUAACGUUGUCGUUGAAAACGAUAACCGCGCGCUCGCGCUCGUUACCAUUCCAUCGGCUCAGGUUGCGGUAGUGCCUCUGCCUGUUGAUGUUGCAGCUGCUGGACAAGCUGGUAAAAGUAUCAGUACCAGUACCAGUACCAGUACCAGUACCGCCACAUGUACCAACGAUGAUGAUCAGGUAUCUUGGACGUACCCGAAAUUAUCGGCCCAAACCAAAGAACGUAUUAGAAAAUUCGAAGAAGAAACGGAAGCGUUGUUGCAGCGUUGCACGAAUCCGAGAAGACUCAGCGGUUGUAUCUCCGACGAGAUGGACCACAAAGAAAAGAUGUCGUCGUCGUCGACCAACAGAGAUUUUGUACUUUUCCAAGCGAACGAUCGAGUGGUACACGACAGUCCACCUCCUGUCGUCGUGACUAGACGAAAUUUGCCCAGCGUCGCAGCCGCAGCCGCAGCCGCAGCGGCCGUCAACAACGAUACGAGUAAUCGCAAAAAAUCCGCUCGCCUACCAAACGAAUUCGUUCGAAAUAACUCGAUGGAAAAAUCUACAUCGCUGGAAUCGUUGAACAGAACAACAAGACCAUCGAGCCGGCACUCGGACGAAAGUUGCGACUUAUUGAUGACUUUGACUUCGACCUUUGACAAGAAAUUGAAAUCGUUGUCCAACGAUUCGUCGCUAUGCGAAAACCCCGGCCAAGCCGAUGCUAAUUCCAGAUCCGAAUGCGUAAAUCGAGUGCAGGUCGACAGAAAUAUGUCUUUUCGUGAUCCCAGCCUACAUAGGAACGUGGAGAAGUCGUGUAAAAUUGAUUCGAUCCAGAAAAUACAGCAAACGAAUAUUACGGACAAAGAGAAUGGCCAGCACGACGAGGAGAAGGAGAAAAAAGAGGUGGACGAAAAAGAGUCGGUGUCGGUGUCGGUGUCGCAUUCGGAGGCGGCGAUGGCGAUAGCGAUACAGCAAAAUUGCGAUAAUUGGAAACGUUCGGUGUUGCAAGAAAUGCAAUCGCAGCAAAACCGCUUGCCUUUGCCAAACGCGGCGGUAAAACGCGGCGAACGCGAAAGCAAACUGUUCUACAGUAAUUCGGUGAAACUGCGUAGAUCGGAAUCGCUGAAAGAAGAGGACGGCGCGGCCGCCAUCAAACUACGCCGAUCCGGUUCGUUGAAUACACGUAAAUACGAAUCCGGUACGAAGAUGUCGAAAUUCGAAUCUUUGAUGUUGAUAAGAAACGCCGAAGCCAUCAAGCUGCGAAGAGUAGACUCGUUGACGAAAAGCGAAAAAACCGAAACCAAUCUGAAACGCAGGCAACAUACGCAAAUGGAAAACAGCCGGAAAAUUCGCGGCGGCGUCGGCUCCGGAUCUAGCUCGGCGGCCGAUAAAGAAGGCAAAAUGAAAAGACGUAACGGCGCCAAUAAAUGCCGCAACAUCAAACGCAGACACACCGUCGGCGGUACCAAAGAUUUCGACAAGGUAUCGUGGUUGCACGGCCAGAACGAGCGCUCGGCUGCCGCCGCCGCUGACGCCAGUCAGAUGGACAAAGAAAAUCGCAGGGAAAGGCGAACCAGUUCGCCGGACCUCAGUUCCACCAAAGCGGCCGCCGCUGCGCUCGCCUCCGCACCCGAAUUUCUGGUCCAAGUAGUCGUCAGACCUACGAGUUUCGUCACCACUACAGCCGAUCCCAAUUUCGUGUCCAGAUUGCUGAAAAUUCCGCUAGAGUCUCACGUGUGAAGCCCAACGACGACGAAGCCAUUCAUCCGCCAAUACCUCGUAUACUUCCAGCUGCGCGGCUGCGGCUGCGGCUGCGGCUGCGGCUGCCGCAACCAAUCUGCGAACCAAGCCCCAAGCGCCAGUACAGUACGUACGUACAUAGGUACAUCUACAUACACAUAGGUAGGUACUGUACUGUGUAGUACGUCUACGUAGUAUGUAUAAAUGUAUUCGUACCUAUUACGAGUAUUUUCUAUUGUAUAAUUUGUGUCUACCGGCGGCGGCUUCCUCGAAAUGACUGUUUUUCUCGUCUUUUCUUCCUCCUCCCCUUCAUCUUUUUUCUAUCCGUCGCGUCCCGCUUACACUUUUUCAUAACACUAGUCUUGGUCUUUAUUGCCUGUGUACUGUGUAGGUGUACGACUGUGCGACUGUACGAGUAUGUAUUUACUCGUCCGCUGCAGCUGCAGCUGCCAUGUUUUUAUUUACUCUACGUCUACUCGUACACACUCCACCACACAGUUUACGUCCUUUUAUCGCUCGCGUAAAAUGGUUGUUCGCUUACGCUUACGCUUACGCUUACGCUUACCUCGGAAAACAAACCAAUUUUUCGAAAUCAGCGUAUUUUAAUCCUUUUUUUAUACUCGUACUCGUACUUGUUUAUUUUAAAAUGACUUCAAACACGGUUCUUAUCGUGGUUAGGCAUAUCCAAAACCGUGUUUCUUUUCAUUUGCUCGUUUUCUCGCUGUCUCGCGUUCCCCAAAACAAAACUAUACAAAAGAAAGAGAGAAAGAAAAAGGCUGCGGUAUCAGUGCAGCUUAUUCUCGAACGAAAAGCAACACUGUAGCUUAUGUGAAUCUUUUUGGUACGUCUACGUACGCGUUUUAGGAGCUAUUUUCGUUUUUUUUUUUGCUUUUAGAUAUGAUUCCACGCCGCGCCGUGCCGCGCCUCCCUAAUACAUAUAUUCGAGUAUGUUUUAAACUUAACGUGCGCAUCAUCGGUACCGUGAGGCAGGCAGGGCGCGGCGCGGUUCGGCUCGGCUCGGCUCAUUUUCAUCGUAAUGAAGUGAAUAAUAAAAAUUUAAAAAAUACCUACAGCCCUUUGGGAGCGCCCGCGCCCGCGCCCACGCUACGCAAUACGCCAUAGUCCGCCUUGUGUUUGUGUUUUCUUACGCGCAAACGCUCUACGUUCUCGCGAAUUAUGGCGCCAUCGAUAAAAUCAAAACAAUGACAAUGACAAUGACCGAUGAUGUUAAGAGUAGUUAACUAAAUGUAAAGGUUAUCGCAUCGGUAAUCACUUUUUGUGGUACUCGUAUUGUGAUAAACGAGUACGCGUUAGCGUUACAAAGUAUAUUGCAGAGGAAUGUGGGGGCGUUUGAAUAAUUACAUACAAAUACUCGUACAUACCGACAUACGAAAAGUCGACUGAAUAAGAAUUUUGAAUCGAGCGAUUAGUUUUUGUUGCGUACUCGCGGAAGCGGAAGCGGAAGCGGAAGCGGGCCAUUUUGUUUCGUUCGAUUGAACUCGAGGAUUUUGGUUACUCGUAUUUGCGACGACCGGUCAAUUGGUUCAACGUUGGCUACUCUUACUCUUACUCGUACUCGUACUCGUGCCUUUAGUUUAAAUGUGAUGUAGGUAGAGGUACAAGUGCAUAUAAGAGUUACGUAAACGAUAUGCCUACGAGUUACGAGGUGUCUUGCAAUUUGGGGCCAAUAAGACGUAUAGUCUUUCGACAUUUUUUUGUGCGCUGCGCUGCGCUGCGGUAUUUUCAUCGUACGUUGUGCUAUAGGCUACGUGUACGUAGUAGUACGUACUGUUUUGUUCCUAUUAAUUUUACUGUUUACUUUUUCAUCGUUAUUCGUGUACCUACUGUGUACUGUGUACGUGUUGUGUUGCGUAUUAUAUCAUAUAUGUAUAUCAUAUUGUACUUCUGCCUGAUACGGAAUAUAGAUGGAUAUUCGAGUACUCGGAUGUUUUUGUACUACACGUGAAAAUAAAAAUAUUAUGGUAUAAGUACUACAUACAUUGCCUAUUCGCCCAUCACUCGCUAUGUAGGUCUAGGUAGGUAGUUUACUUGUCCAUCUGUCUGUCUCUGUACUGUACCAGUGUACCAUACACCACACCACACCAUACCAUACCAUAACCGUGGGCACUUGGCACUGUUGUUCAUCACCACUGUUAUACGCUGCGCCGCGCCGCGCUCUGGCCUGUCCUCCAUCCGUCCACCUACCCUCUCUACCCUUAUCUUCCGUCCGUCCGUCCGUCUUUCCUUCUUUCUUUCCGCCAUUUUUUCUGUUUCUUUUUCUUCUUGUUCUUGUUUUGUGUUUUAGUGGUGGUACAUUUGAUACGUUGGCUAGUGGCCCGUUGUCCAUGGUCCACGAUUGCGAGUAAACAAUUUCGAUAUCUCCGUUCUUGAACCUAACCUAUAUACCUUUUUUUUUUUUAUCGUUUUAUAAUGAUACAGUACAUACUAUCAGCUAUGAUAUGGUUGAUUGGUUGCACGUGUAAUGCAACACAUACUUACCUGUUUCCUACUCCUGCAUCCUCAUAUUCCUAGCCUAUGCUUGUAAAUGUAAAUGUAAAUGUAAAUGUGAAUGUGAAUGUGAAUGUACCUAAAUGUAAUUAAUGUAAAUGAUGAUGUGUUUUGUUUUCGUAUGUCGUGUAUUGUGUGGUCGUCCUUUAUUUAUGUAAUAUUACUAUAAUCUUUGUAUGUCUAUAUGUACAUUGUACCUAUAUGUGUAUGUGUAUGAGUAUGUAUAUGUGAUGUGAUGUGAUGUGAUGUGGCUCAACGGCUAUGUAUUGUACAGAUUGUACAUAGUGUAUCUGUAUACGUGUAUACUGUAUACCUAUAUAUACUCGUGUAUUACCGUCUAGGUCUGGGUAUAUGAUACGUAAUUCACUAUUCAGUACCUCAUUCCGAUACCGUAUGGCGGAUAGCUACCAAUCAAUGUACGAGCGAAUAGAAUUUAAUCGUGUCAAUUAUUAUUUAUUUAUUUUUUUUACUUAGGUACCUAUACUCGUAUUAUGAGAAUAGGUAGAAAGUACGACCACGACCUCGUCGUUCUUCCGUAAUACUCGUAUCAACCUAUCAGGUUAAAAAUCUACGUAUGGUUUACCAUUUAUCGUCUGCGAGUAAAGAGCUUAGGCCAAUAUACGUACCUACAGGUAGGCAAUAUUGCAAUUUCAGUAUCCGUAUCGAAUUUUAGGUAUGCGGAUUGCGGAUUGCGGAUUUCGGAUUGUUGACGUUCUGGCUAUACGUUUUGGUUAGCUACAGAUGCGUAUUGCGUACGUAAUACGUAUUACGUAUAUGUACGAGUAUUCGUUUUCUAUCCGAAAAUUUGCCGACGACUCGAAAUUUUUAUCUCGCAUUUGACUGGAAUUCCUCAAAAUACUUACUUGUAGUUUGCAACUCGCGGACGAAGCUAUGGUGUACUCGUGUGUGUGUGUGGGUCAACGACCAACCGCCGCCGCCGCGUCCGUAGACCUACCAUACCUAUGUCGAUGUUGUCGGUGUAUUGAAAUGCGAUAGACUUUGUCUUCGUUCUUACCUACGAGUAUGUCUUACUUUUCUUCGUCUCGUUGCGUUACAAAAAAUUUGUACCAUAUCAUUAUUACGAGUACGCAAAUCGAAUACGAGUAUACCAGUAGGAGGACUACAACUGCAUUACUCGUAGUCGUACCUUUACGAAUACGUACCCCGCGCCCGCGCCCGGUAUUUCCCAUGUUGCGUUGCUACUUGUACCUAUUUAUACCUAAUAUGUACCUUAUACUUAUGUACCUGUACCUUUGUAAUAUUUCUAUGUCGUGUUGUUGCGUUCUGUAUUUGUACACUUUGCGAAAUACUUAUUGCAAAUAUAGUAUAACGUUAUUA